GUAAUUUCUAGUUAGCGAGUUAUUGAAAAAAACAAGUACUAGCAGUGUUUUUCAGCUGGAAGAAAAAUGCCGACGGCCGCCGUUAAUAUCGCCGCCGCUUCCACGCCGCCUCCCAAACGCCUCUUGUUCGACCGUCGCUACGGUUGGAUAUUGGAUGAGUGGAAAGAGCCAUCCGAAGAAGCCUUAUCUGGUGGCCGCGGAAUGUUUUGCGUCGUUCCUCUAGCAAAAGCAUUAAUUCAGAAGGCAUCUGAAACGGUAAACUUUGUUGGGAGUUCAACACUGGGAGUCCUCGAAAGACCAGAAUUGCUCUCACCCAAAGCUGUUCAAGCCACUCUCACUCACCAAAUGCAUAGAUUUGUAUCUUCAGUAAAUAAUGCAAGACUAGUUCCGACGGCACCGGGAAGAAGUAACGAGACUGCAUCGACUCCCGUCCCGAUGGAUCUACCGGAAGGAAACACUGAAGGGAAUUUAGGCUAAAUUAGUUCCUGAUUUAGAUAUUUCGAACAUAGUAAUAGUUUCUCUUUCUUAUGAUUCUCUCAGAGUUUUUCUUUUUCAAAAUUCCUAGUUUUUUUCUACUGGGACAUAUCUCACAGAUGCAGUUUGCACUUCACUGCAGGUGACUGGAGUAAAUUCUUGAUUAUAUUUUUUUCUGUACCCA